GUACGUGUAGAACUGUCGUGCUAAUGUCAGUGUUGAUCUCUCGAAGUCCCUGGCGCAAGGCGGAACCCACAUGGCGACUAAAAUGAUCCGAUUCAGGUACGAGUCCCGCUAAACCUUAAAUAAACAAUCCCCGUCAUAACUGGAAUAAUUUACGAUUUGCCUCGACACCUUUAACUUUUCAUCAUCCUUUUGUGUCUAAACGUACUCUACACCAUCGUUGGGGUCAGAGUUUGGGGUCUCCAGACCUAACAUACUCUCCAACUCUAGGUCUGAAGUUAACAGACAAAAUGGUCCUCGAAAACUCCACGUCGUCAUGGCCGUCAUCAUCCUCUUCUCUGUGCGAUAAUACUGCUGCUUAUUUACGGGCACUCGCUCUCUCCUCCGUCGCUGGCUUCGACAAGCUCUCAAUAAAGUUACUUGGGAGAACCAUUAGCGGCCGCAGCGACAUCGGCAGCGAUGGCAACGUCGACAUUGCUGUAUUCGUGGCAACUGCGGUAGUCGGAAUUACGGUCGCGGGCAUAUUUCUCACAAAAUUAGUUGGGGGAGGAUCUCUAUGCUGCCUUCCAGUGCCGGAACAGUGUCGGCCUGGAUGGAAGGGAGAGGAAGUGGAGAGGACAGAAUUGAAGGUCGCCGGCUCCUCUUCCAUUCAAUGCUACUGCCCCGCCAGCGGAAAGUCUCUUGGAUUGAUCAACCCGGCAACUCCGGACGGCAUUGAUCGCGCCAUUGCGCGCGCACAGGAAGCGCAAACGGAAUGGGCCAAGACGUCUUUUUCGCAACGAAGAAAGGUUCUGCAGACAUUGCUAAAGUUCGUUCUUGAAAAUCAAGAGAACAUUUCCACAGCGGCGUGUCUUGACUCUGGCAAGACUCGAAUCGACUCUUCCUUUGGAGAGAUUCUCGUGACAGUGGAAAAGCUCAAAUGGACAAUUAAACAUGGCGAGAGAGCUCUCAAAGCCGAAAGCCGGCCCACCAACUUUCUCAUGAUGUACAAGGUCAAUGAAGUUCGGUGGGAACCUCUUGGCGUCGUCGCUGCAUGCGUCAGCUGGAAGUACUUCCACAACCUCCUCGGCCCGAUCAUCUCCGCUCUCUUCAGCGGCAACGCCGUCGUCGUCAAGGGCUCUGAAGCCACCGCCUGGUCAUCCACGUACUUUACCAACAUUGCUCGCGGCGCGCUCAUCGCAUGCGGCCACUCCCCCAACCUCGUCCAGUCCAUCAUCUGCUGGCCUUCUGUCGCGCCACACUUGACAUCACACCCUAGCAUUUCGCAUCUCACCUUCAUCGGUUCACGGCCCGUUGCACACGCGGUCUGCGCAUCUGCCGCCGAGGCCCUGACCCCAGUAUGCGUCGAGCUCGGCGGCAAAGACGCAUCCAUUAUCCUCGACGACGUCAAGAAUCUUGACAAAGUCAGCAGUAUCCUCAUGCGGGGUGUCUUCCAGAGCUCGGGACAAAACUGUAUCGGCAUCGAACGAGUCAUUGCCUGCGCGGGCAUCUACGACAAGCUCUGCGCUCUCAUCGAGCCCCGCGUCAAGAACCUUCGCGUUGGCAGCGCCCUGGACGACGGCGAAGGCAUCGAUGUCGGCGCCAUGGUCUCCCCCGCCUCCUUUGACAAACUCGAGCAUCUCAUCGCCGACGCAGUAAACCGUGGCGCGCGUCUCCUCGCCGGCGGCAAGCGUCUGCAUCACCCCCGCUAUCCCAAGGGCCACUACUUCGCCCCUACUCUGAUUGUCGACGUCACUCCCGACAUGGCCAUUGCGCAAGAAGAACUCUUCGCGCCCGUCUUUGUGCUCAUGAAAGCUACAGAUGUCACAGACGCCAUUCGUAUCGCCAACAGCACCGAGUACGGUCUUGGCGCCAGCGUGUUUGGCUCGAACCGCGCCCACCUCGAACAAGUCGUGUCCGAGAUUAAAUCCGGCAUGGUCUCUGUCAAUGACUUUGCAGUGUAUUAUGCCGUUCAACUGCCCUUUGGCGGCGUCAAAGGAAGUGGAUACGGCCGUUUCGCAGGCGAAGAAGGUCUCCGCGGCCUAUGCAACACCAAAUCCAUCUGCCGCGACCGCUUUCCCGCGCUGCUCAGCACGUCCAUCCCCCCGCCGCUCGACUAUCCCAUCAAGUCUGCGCAAAAGGGAUGGGACAUGUGUAUGGGUAUAGUCGAGUUGGGCUACGGCGAGACGAUAGUGCGACGAGUCAAGGGAUUAGGCAGAUUGAUUAGAAGUGGGAUGUAA